AUGACACAGAAAAUCCACGGAAUCAUCGCUGCCGUUGUCACCCCCAUGACUGCCGAUGCUCAAUCGGUCGAUUUGGACAAUAUCAAGCCCCAGGUGGACCGUUUGGCUGAAGCUGGAAUUCACGGAAUUGUCACCACUGGCACCACUGGCGAAUUUCCCUCUCUUUCGCUCGAGGAGCACAAAAGCGUCAUCAAGGCGUACAUCGAUGCUGCAAAAGGCCGUUUUCCAGUUAUCGCAGGACUUGGAUUCAACAGCACCAAGUUGGCCAUUGAGAUGGCUCAAUUUUCCGAAUCGGCUGGAGCCGCUUCUUGCAUGAUAGUUCCACCUUUCUACGACCCUCUUCCCUUUAAAGCGCUUUACAAGUUCUACGAAGACGUCUGUGGCUCCAUUUCGAUUCCCGUGAUGUACUACAACUUGCCAGGUGCAACAGGCGUACAUCUUACCGCUGCCCAGCUCAGAGAAUUGUCCAAGAUUAAGGGCUUCGAUUACAUGAAAGACACCUCGGGCAACGCCAAGGAAUUGGCCGACCUUUUGACCAAUCCAUCUGACGAUCUUGAGCCUUUCAACGGAUGGGACACUCUUACCUUUUUUGCUAUGGCUCAUGGCGCCAAAGCCAGUGUCUGGGGAGUGGCCUCUGUGGUUCCUAAAGAGUGUGUGGAGCUCUGGAACACCUUCACCAAGGAGAAGGACAUUGAAAAGGCCAGAGAACAGUGGAAGUUCUUGUGGGAAGUUAGUGACUUUUUCGAGAGCGUGUGCUACCCUGCUGCCGUCAAGGCUGCUUUGGAAAUUGUGGGCCAUUCUGCUGGACCUGUGAGAGAUCCUACCUUGCCAUUGGAGAAGAAGGAUCGCGAGAAGUUGGCCGAGAUUCUCAAGAAGAGAAAGUAUUAA